GCCUCUGUGCUGUAAAUAUAAGAAUUAGCCUCUUUAUCUUUAGUGUAGAAGAAUAAUAUGCAGUAUGAGGUUUGGAAUUGGCAGGUGCAUGCGCAUCACGUCGGAAAAUACAAUGAUGUGUAUGAUGACAUGACUGGAUUAGGAAUUGAGUGCUACAUGAAGUAAACAAUAUCAAAGUUUCCAUAGUAUUAGUCCAUCACCAUUUAUGGCAUCUGAGAGGUCACAUUUACUAGCCUGCACGACAGGCAGCAGCGAUGACGGAGCCGGCCCCAGCCGAAUGGCAACUCCUCAGGCAAGUCAACACAGCCUGCUCCCAACCAACACCACUCAAUCCGCGGGUGAAUCAAGGGUACCUCCACCACGAGGUCCGGAAGAAGCCCAGCCCCCGCGGUCCGUUCCCCCAGUACCCAAGACCAUGCUCAAGACAGUAGUCAACGCCUACAUCAUGUGGUUCCCCUUCGGAUUGCUGGGCUUCCAUCACUUCUACCUUAAGAACGCUUCUUUCGGCUUCAAAUACCUGAUUACUUUCGGCCUCUUCGGGUUCGGCUGGCUGGUCGAUUUCUGGCGUAUGCCCAUGCUAGUGAACGCAGCCAAUAUGGAGAUCGAAGCGAAAUGGAUAUGGGAACAUGAGAUCUGUGAAACCAUGACCGGAGACGAGAUACCUAGGUUCAAAUACGAAAAACCGAAGCGUUUGUCUGACUGCUACCUCCUCGGAUUCACCACUGGGUUCUUAGGUUUCCAUCAUCACUAUCUAGGCCGCCACGUUCUGGGUCUCGUGUACCUAUGCACAUUGGGGCUGCUCACAGUAGGCUUUGUGAGCGACUGGAUCCGCAUGCCUAUUCACCUUAAGCGUUAUAAUGAGCGACGGGCGAAGGAGAUUCAAGGAAUCAAGGAACCGCAGAUGUACUACCUCGAUGACGCCUAUAUUCUGGCCGUCCCCGGUGGAAUCCUUGGCUUCCACAACUUCUACUUGGGCCGGUAUUUCUGGGGAUUCGUCUACCUACUCACGCUGGGCUUGCUUGGGAUGGGGUGGGUGAUGGACCUCAUCCGCAUGCCUUUGCUAGUUCAGGAAGCAAAUCUUCGGGCCAAGUCAGGCCGGUCGAUGUUCGACGGUAUUGAGCAAGGUACCAAGUACCGAUCUACCGAGGACGAGGUACCGCGCAUUGACCCAUACUACUCAGACUACAACUCCACCCACUCCCAUCCCUCGCUCUCGCAUUCUGAUACUCCAGCUCGCACGGUCACUGCUCCCCACAGGAAUAGAAUUCUACGACCUGCCUCUCAGAGGCCUGUCCCGAAGCCUCGGCACUUUAAGGAGUUCCGGUCAUCUGAUGAGUUUGAGCCUGCCACUUCAUCGCAACCAGAGGACUUCGAUCUGCCACCCCACUCACAAGGUCUAUCGGAGCCACCUCCUCCCUACGUCUCUGUGGCCGAUCCGGGCAGUGCCUUGCAAAAUGAUGAAACAAAUAUUUGAAGCAGCUGUCAAAAG